CAAUAGCUAUUUAAUGUGCAAGGUCAGUCAGAAGUCACCCUACAGCUAGCUGGCUAGCUUGCUCUCACUGUUAAUAUAGGCUAUGGAGGUAGUACUGAGGUCGCCAUGGCUGCCACUGGACGGACCAUACGAUGAGAGCCCGGCUAAUUGCACUGGAAACCCAGACAGAAAGAGCUGCUUCAUUGAGCAAGAUGAGGAGGCUAAACGAGACCUUGUUGCCAUGGUGAGGGUCAUUAUAUCAUUGCUAAGUUUAUUAGGAGCUCUUUCAAUCAUCAUUACAGUAAUUAUCAAGAAACAAGUAUUCAGUCCAAAGAUUCACCCGAUUUUCAUGCUCUCAAUAGCUGACUGUCUUCUCUCUCUCACGUGGAUAGUGGGCGGGGCUCUCUGGCUACUGGGCGGAGUCAGAUACUCGGAGAGGGUGGCGUGCUUCACAGUUACCUUGUGUACAGUGAUACUGGAAUGCGUAGCUGUGAACCUGACCAUCCUCUACGCACUGCUGGCCUACUCCAACAUUAAGCAGAAGGACUUCAACAACGUCUAUUUGUUGUUCAACAGGGAUAGAGAAGUGCACGCGUGGAAGCCAUGGAAGACACUACUAGCCUACACUACUGCUUGGUUCCUCCCGGUGUUACUGAUCCUGAUCCCCUUCUUGUCCAUAUCCUCUACAUAUCACAUUAUGGCCCAUGCCAACGAGUGCAGCUGCUGGUGUCUGCCCUAUUAUGGGAAUGUGUUACCAUAUGCAUUCGCUGCAGACUUGCCCACCUCCCAGUACCUGUACAGGGUCAACAUGCUGGUUGCCUCCUACGCUAGUGUAGUGGGCCUCCACUAUCUGGUAGGAUUCAUCCUAAUAAUCAUCAUCUACUGGAAGAUACUCAAGAGAAUAAAACUCAUCAGAAAUAACCGCGAUGCUGGACGGAAACAGAGCACUCAGGCGUGGUAUGGGGCAGCCCCGUCGUCCCCGGCGAUGGGCAGAGGGGAGAAGAGAGCGAGGACUCGAGUGGUGGCCUUCCUCACUGUGUUCGUGGUAGUCGGACUUAUCAAUACUCUGAUGUCUGUCGGCAUCUUCAUCGCGACAGUAUCCGACCUCAUACACCCUGGCCUGACGGUUGCCUACGAACCAAAACUCUCUUAUAGUGAAUACGGAAUAUACCUCUUGCAGUCGUGCAGCCUCCCCCUCCAGGGGUUCCUCAAUGCAGUGGUCUAUGGAUGGACAAGAGAAGACUUUCUUCAAGUGAUAGCUAGCCGCAACAUUCAAGACCUCCUCCCACCAGAGUUGCUACAAGAAGAGGAGGAUCGAGGUCUAGAGAAUAGUCGUUCUAUUCUGGUCUCCACCGAGAGUGAACCUGAUUGGUCGGACGAGGAGGGAUCACAUGAGCACAGGGAGGUGUCGCAUAACAGACUUGCCUCGCGGCCGUGUGAUUUGGACACGGUUGAGGAAGUCACUGAACCAGAUGACUCAGAUGAUAAUAAUAGCUUCUUUGAUGGUAGACCACGAAGCAUUUGAUUGUGUGUACAUUUACUGUUUUUGUCUUUUGUUGUGUUGCUGCAUCUUUGUGAAUCAUGUCUCAGUAAUUUUAUGAAUUUUACAAUGAA